AAGCCUCCCGAAGGGCAUGGAGACGUGCUACGCUGGAGAGAUUUCUAUGUACACAGAGAGAGAGAGAAAACAGAAUCCAGGUGGCAACUCUUGAGAAGACUCAGCCCAUUGCAAAGGACAGUUGAGAAGGUGCUUACUAUGGCAGCCAGAGGGGUCCUCCCAGUUUUCCGUACAACGCCCAUCGCUACCCUAUACCGGGAUGCUGGGCUCCCAUCAGCAAUGGUAGCUCUGGAGGAGGCCAAAAUUCGAUUCGCGACAAGGCUUCAGGUGGUGGAUGAGAAGCACCCACUGGCUUCACGGAUAGCACCUCCAAUGAUCACACGAGGAAGAGGGGCUGGAACCCGGCAGCGCUCAAAGUCCAAGGUCCAGCGGUUGGGGGCGCUGCUACCUGCAGUCAAUAGACCCACACUUGCCAUCCCCACACUACUCAGAGGGAUGCGGGGACAGACCCCACAGAGGGGAAAUAAACAGCUGGCCAGCUUCUCAGCUGCGCUGAGCCCUAUGUCACAUGUCUUCGACGCUGAGGCAGUUGGUGCCUGCCGGGCAUUGGAGUGCGCCGUGAAGCUCCUACCUUGUGUCACAGAGGACAGCAGCAACCCUCAGAUCUGGCUCUGCCUCGACAACACCUCAGUCAUCUGGGGCAUACGGGGCAGUGCAGCAGCCUCCUCAAACUGGGCCUACAACCGCUGCCAUGAGCUCCUCAGACAGCACAAUGUCGGCCUGAAGUGGGCUCCUGGGCAUAUGGGGAUAGAGGGCAAUGAGGAAGCAGACCGCUUGGCUAAGCGGGCAGUCUCAUCCACUGCAGCCCCAGCCUAUGGUCUCGAGGCCACACCCACA